AUUUGACAUAUACCAAUCACCAAUGUCAAGUAUCAAGGCUAGUUUUUUUUUGUUUUGAUUUCCAGUACAUCAUUAAACGCAUAACCAAAUAAAAAUAAAUAGAUAUGUUAAAACCAAGAGCAUUGUCUCAAGUAUUGGCCCAAGCAAAUACGGGAGGAGUACAAACAACUUUAAUGAUAAACGCAGAAGGCUCUUUAUUGGCUUAUAGUGGUUAUGGAGAUAAAGAUGCUAGAGUAACUGCAGCAAUAGCUAGCAACAUUUGGAGUGCUUAUGAAAGAAAUGGAAGAAAUGUUUUUAGAGAAGACCAUCCCCAAAUAGUACUCAUGGAAUGCCAAGAAGGUCGAAUAGCAAUUACUCAAGUAGCCAGCGUACUACUCUGUUUGUAUGCAAAAAAAUCUGUUGGUUUUGGUAUUUUAAAACAAAAAGCCAUGGCUUUGGCUUCAUAUUUAGAAGACCCACUAAAACAAGUUGCCUUAUAUCGAAAGGAUAGAAGUUGAACCUUAGCUUUUAAUUAAUUCGUUUAUUCUCCACUUAUUUAACAUAUUGAAUAAAAGUAAGAUUAUCUAUUCCAUUACUUGUAAAUGAUACAUUAAAAUAAUUAUUGAUCGA